AUGUCUCUGCCCCAGCGUUGCGGGCGGGCCUUGGCCGUGGUCCUGCAGCUCAUCGUCCUGAGGACCCAUCGCAAUCAAUCACCGGCAGCCUCUGAUACGUCGUACUCGUCUCAUACGUACGUGACGGGGGCACCUGUUCUGCCAACAACCCGCCAAACAAUCUCUCUCGUCUUACUGGCUGCUAUCCUCUCUCGUUAUUGGCCAACCGCAUCGUUUAUCGUCACCAUCGUCGACCCGACGGUCCAUUGA